AUGUAUUCACACUCGGACUGCGACGCGACCACCGAAGCUAAGCUUCAGUCCCUCAUGGCCGGCCACCCGAAUGUCGCCGAUGUCCACGCCGUCUUCGAGGACGCCGAGCACACCUACAUCGUCACCGACCUGCUGCGCCCCUGGCGGGCCGUCAAGCGCAUCUUCCUCGGUAUCCUCGACGGAGUCGCCGCGUGCCACAACGCCGGCGUAUUCCACCGCGACCUCAAGUUAGCCAACAUCCUCGUCGACGAGGAGCGCGGCCGUGUCUGCGUCGUGGACUUUGGGUUCGCGACAACGGAGGACUGGAGCUGCGACUAUAGUGCCGGGACGUCGUGCUACAUGUAUCCAGAUCGGUGCCCAUCGCUCAGACCCUGGGGAGGACGUGCGCUGACUCGACACACCCGCACAGAAGCACAAGGAGCGCGGACGGAGAAGACGAAGAGAUGCGACUCCCGUACGACACUCGCGGAACACGUCUGGGCGCUCGGGACCACCCUCAUCGAACUCACCUGCGGCUCCCCCCUGGGAGAGGCCUCUGCGUGCACGAGCGACCGCUUCCGCGCGUACGUCGCGGACCCCACCGCGCUGCGCACGCUCCUCCCGAUUUCAACGGAGCUCGACGCGCUCCUCCCCGCAUCCUCCUCGUCCGCCCCGACGGUCGACGAUAUCAGAGAGGCCAUCAAGCGCGCGGAGACGUUCUGGAUCGACGAAGAACAGCUCGCGGGCGCCGGUUCCGCCGCACAGUUCACGUGGGACACGGCGGGCGCGCUGCACCGGGCGUUACCCUAG